AUGGGUAAAGUCGACACCGAGGGGCCGCCCCCUACCAAGGUUGUGCCAGAUGUUACUUCAACAGACGAGCUCUCCGCCACAGAAAAGGGCGAUGCCGCCUUGCAGAUCCUGCGUCAGAGCGGCGGGCUGCAGCAACCUCUCGACAGCGAGCGUUCGCGACGGCUCCUCCGGCGGAUCGACUAUCACAUCAUGCCCCUGAUCUGCGUGGUGUACUUUCUGCAGUAUCUGGACAAGAUCGCCAUCUCGUACGGCAGCGUGACAGGACUCAAGACGAGCGCGCACCUAGUCGGCAACCAGUUCAACUGGGUGGCAUCCAUCUUUUUCUUCGGCCAGCUGGGCUUUGAAUUCCCCACCAUCCGGCUUCUGCAGAUGUUCCCUCUGGCCAAGUAUGUCAGCGUCAACGUGACCAUCUGGGGCAUCAUUCUAGCAUGUUUCUCGGCCUGCAAGAGCUACGGCAGUCUGUUGGCCUGUCGUUUUCUGCUUGGCAUGGCGGAGGCCGCCAUAGUGCCAGCGUGGGUGGUCUUCACCAGUCAAUGGUAUCGCAAAGAAGAGAGCGCCUUCCGCGUUGGCAUCUGGUUCUCAAUGUGCGGUUGGGCGCAACUCCUGGGCGGCUGUUUUGCGUACGGGGUGGCCACCCAUGUCGGCGGCGACGUGCACGCCUCGCUCAAGGGCUGGCAGGUGAUUUUCCUGGUCCUGGGCCUGCUGACCGUGGUGGUGGGCAUCCUGUUCUUCUUCCUGUUGCCCGACUCGCCCGCCGUCGCGCGCUUCUUGUCCGACCAGGAGAAGGCGGAACACGUGGAGCGGCUGCGAGGGAACGAGCAGGGCAUCGGCAGCCAGACGUUCAAGUGGGACCAGUUCCGAGAAGCGCUCACCGAUAUCAACACCUGGCUGUACGCCUUCUGGAUAUUUGCCGCCAACAUCCCCAACAGCAUCGCCACCAGCUUCGGCAACAUCCUGGUCACCGGUAUGGGCUACUCCAAGGUCGACUCGCUGCUCCUGGUGACCCCGCUGGGCGCCUAUGAGAUCGUGGUGCUGGUGGGUGUGACGUACGUGGCCAUGAAGACCCAACAACGUCUCUGGUGCUGCAUUGCCACCCACAUCCCGUCCAUCGUGGGCGGCAUCCUCAUGGCUGCCACCGGCAAGGCCUCGGCCCUGGUCGGCUACUAUCUCAGCGGCGGCAUCCCCAUCGGCUGGACCACCAUCCUGGGUCUACAGGCCAGCAACGUGGCCGGCUCGACCAAGAAGAUCACCGUGACGGCCAUCGGCACCAUCGCCUAUACCGUGGGAAACAUCAUCUCGCCCCAGACCUUCCAGGCCAAGGACGCGCCUCGAUACCUCCCGGCCAAGAUCUCCAUCGUCAUUCUGUACUUUCUGUGCACCGUCGAUCUCUACCUCAUCCGCCUCGUGUACGUGUACCGCAACAAGAAGAGAGAUGCCGAAGCCGCCCAGCGAGCUCCGGACUAUGUGCCGGAGAAGAACCACGAGUUUCUCGAUUUGACCGACAUCCAGAACCCGGAAUUCCGAUAUUCGCUGUAA